UCAAAAACUACGUGCGAUCAAUUCAGUCAGUCAUGCAAGAAGCGAAGCGGCUCCACGCCCAUCUCAUCACCUCAGGUCUCCACCAGCAAGAGAACCAUCUACGCAAGCUCAUCACUCUCUACACCUCCUCCUCCUCCUCCUCUCUCCACCACGCUCGCCUCCUCUUCGAUGCCAUCCACCACCCCUCCACUUACCUCUACAACACCAUGUUCCGGGUCUACGCCGCCAGCCCAACCCCACUUCACGCCUUGCUCCUGCACCGCCACAUGCUCCGCCACGGCCCUCCUCCCGACACCUACACCUUCCCCUUCUUGCUCAAGGCCUGCUCCGCCCUCGCACACCUCCCCAAAGGCCAGGAACUCCACUGCCAAGCCUUGAAAUUCGGCUUAGGUGGCCAUGUCUUCGUUGAGAAUUCUUUGAUUCACUUGUAUGGGUCCAACUCUGGGAUGGACAGCGCCAGGAGGGUAUUUGAUGGGAUGGGUUAUCGAGACAUUGCGAGUUGGACGACUCUACUCGCGUGUUACGCGAAUUCUUGUUCUGUGAAGGCUGCGAGGAAGGUGUUUGAUGAAAUGCCUGAGAGAAGUGUUAUUUCAUAUAGUGCUAUGAUUGCGGCUUAUGUCAGAGGGAAUCGGUUUAGGGAAGCUUUGGAUUUGUUUAGGGAGCUAUUCAGUGUGAAGAUUGAGCCGAGUGAUUCUUGUGUGAUGAGUGUGCUUUGUGCUUGUGCUAAUUUAGGAGCUUUAGAUGUGGGCAGAUGGGUGUAUUCCUAUGUGUGUCAAAGUAAGGGGGAUUAUGUCGAUAGUCGAAUUGCUACUGCUUUGAUCGAUAUGUUCUUCAAAUGCGGUAGCAUAGAGCAUGCACUGCUAGUUUUUGAAGGAGCCAAAGAGAAGCAUGUGGGUGAAUGGACAGCAAUGCUAUCAGGACUGGCAAUGCAUGGUCUUGGUGAGCAAUUAAUUGAGGCCUUUGAGAAAAUGGUGGACUCUGGAGUUAAGCCAAAUGGAGUGACAUUUGUAGCACUCCUAUCUGGGUGCUCCCAUUCAGGUCUGGUAAAUGAAGGGUUGUACUACUUUGAUAGAAUGGAGAGCGAUUUUGGGGUUGAGCCCACUGUCGAGCAUUUCGGUUGUGUGGUUGAUCUUCUUGGUCGGGCUGGAUUGAUUGAUCAAGCAAUGCAACUUAUCAGCGAGAUGCCCUUUGAGCCUAAUGCUGCCAUUUGGGGUUCUCUUCUUAAUGCUUGUAGAGUCUAUAAGAAUGUUGAGAUCGGUGAGCUUGCUGCCCAGUGGCUGAUUAAGGAUGAGCCAUGGAAUGGGGCUCUUUAUAUGACUUUGUUGAGUUUGUAUCGCGAAGCUGGGAGAUGGGAUGAGGUGGAGAAGGUGAAGCUGAAAAUGAAGGAGGUUGGUUGUAGAAAGGGCCCUGGUUGUAGCUUGAUUGAAGUGGGUGGCAUUUGUUAUGAGUUUGUGGUGGGAGACAAAUCACAUCCUUGUGCGGUAGAAAUAUGUUUGAAUCUUAGUAAAGCGAUCAGGGAAUUUCAGGAACAAUAAAUUGAGUGCUUCAAGUUCAAAUCCAGGAUUUGAGAUUCAUAACCUCAAAUUUUUUUUUUGCUCAUAUUAUGUGAGCCUUCUGAUUUAGUUGCAGGGGACAUCAUGGUAAAGAGGACUUUUCGUGUGAAUUUGGUUGAACUUCUCAGAUGGAAUGGCAAAGAAACCAAGUUGACAUGAUCCCCUGAGUAGUAAUGAAAAGAGCUCCAAUAUAAAACCAUCAAAGGAUCCAGGGGAAGUGCUAAGCCAAACUUACAAGUUGAUGGGUUUAAUGUUUUUCUCAUUCUGGAAGCACAAGAUUAAGAAAAACUAGAGGAAAACAAAAGAUGUGGAACUGAACCCUGAUUAAGGAUAUCCACCAUCGACAAAGAACAAGGUAUUAAUGCAAACAUGAUCCUCCAUUUUACCUGCUCUCCCAUGUGAUAAAUAGCUAAAAGAUGAGAUUCCAUUCCCUACAUAUAGCUUAAUCAUAUGUUCAUACUUGCAUAAAAGUGGAAUGAUGACUUGGUUUAGCAUGUGCAAUUGUUUUUUUGUUGAAUGCUGAUUGGAAAAUGAUUAUUAUUUUUUGUUUUAGUCAUUUUGUAGCCCCUUAAUCGUGUUGAACAAUUUGGGCAAAAGCUUGGAUAAAUAAUCCAUGGGAUUUGGCAAACUUAGGAAAAUUUGAAACCAAAUCAUUGAUAAGAAGAAAAAGUAGGUUAUCGAGACUUGGAAUGCAGUGACAUUUGUUGUGCUUCUAUCCAGAUGUAGCCUUAGGCUACUCUGAUAGAAUGGAUAUGCCUUCUAAGCCUAAUGCUGCCAUUUGGGGCGCUCUUCUUAAUGCAUGUUGUGUUGGAAUUUUUAUGUGUGGACUUACAUAAUCAAUUUGAUAAUGUCAUAAAUCAAUGUUAAUUUAAUUUUUGCAUUGUGCAUCAUAAUGGGGUUGGACACAUUAUUGCUUGAUUUCUAUGGGCUCAGCCUAAUUCACUUGACUAGCCCAUUAAGUCAAGUGGUCCAAACUGUGUAUGUGUGAUAUGUAAUAUAUAUAUAUAUAUAUGAAUUAUUUUUAUUUAGGGUGAGCUAGAAAAAAAAAAAGGCAGGUUGUUGUUAGAUCCUGUUCUGUUUUCUCUUGGGGCUGAGAAGAGCACGUACUGCACGAAUUCUUCAGAGCACACACAACGACUAUUUUGGAUGUAGAAAGGGAAGAGCCAAUUGAACUCGAGGUUUCUCUCCAUCAUGAACUGAUCAUAACCUUGAACACCAGAACUUUCCAUGGGAUUAAUCAAGGACUCAUGGACUACUCUACAACAAGCCCUAAAGUUGAUGAUUUCCAACCUUUUUGUCAUCCCAAAAUCACAACAUAAAGAGAAACCAGAGAAAAACAAAUGAUAUGGAACCGAACCGCAAAAAGAACCAAGUUAUGAGAUGCUAACAUGAUCCUUCAUAUUUGAAUGAAAAUGGAGCUGUCACUUGGGUUUUAAGUUUUAACAUAUGUACAUAUUUGCUCUUUUUGGCUGAAUCUUGCUAUUGAAGUAUUGUUUUUUCAGUUUAGGGCAGGCGGGGAGAGUUGAACAAUUUGUUGAAGCUGGAUAAAUGGAUAAGUCAUUGAAAACUUUGGAAAAUAUGAAUGAGUAUUUGAUAAGAAUGAUAACUGAAAAGCAUAUGUAUA